AUGGCACCCAGCCUCAAGCGCAAGAGCGAGGCCGCGCUCGCGGCCUCGACCGAUGCGAAGAAGCCGAAAGUGAACGCGUCCAUCACGUCGUUCUUCGGGCCGCCCAAGAACACAUCCAGCACCACCAGCACCACCCCCAACAACAAAACCUCCAACGCCUCCUCGUUCUUCUCGCCCAACAAUACCAACAACAACCCCCAAUCCUCCCCCGCGUCGUCGACCCCCCAAAAAUUCGACAAGGCGAAAUGGGUCGCGACGCUGACGCCCGACCAGAAGAAGCACCUAGCCCUAGAGAUCCAGACGCUGGACCCGAGCUGGCUGGCCGUGCUCAAGGACGAGAUACUAAAACCCGAGUUCAUGCGCCUGAAGAAGUUCCUCGAGAACGAGGUCAAAAGCGGGAAGAAGGUGUUCCCGCCGCGGGAGGAUGUUUAUUCGUGGUCCCGCCACACCCCCUUCCACACCGUCAAAGCCGUCAUCAUAGGCCAAGACCCGUACCACAACCACAACCAAGCGCACGGUCUCUGCUUCUCAGUCCGCCCGCCCCAGCCCGCACCGCCGUCGCUCAAGAACAUGUACACGGCACUGAAAAAGGACUACCCCGGGUCGUUCGCGCCGCCGCCCAACAACGGCGGCCUGCUGACGCCGUGGGCCGAGCAGGGCGUCCUCAUGCUGAACACGUGCCUGACGGUGCGCGCGCACGAGGCCAACAGCCACGCGAACCGCGGCUGGGAGGCCUUCACGCAGCGCGCCAUCGAUUUGGUUGCGCAGAAGCGCACACGCGGCGUCGUGUUCCUGGCCUGGGGCACUCCGGCCGGCAAGCGCGUCACGAAGGUCGACGCGGGGCGCCACCUCGUGCUGCGGAGCGUGCACCCGAGUCCGCUUAGUGCGCACCGCGGCUUCUUGGACUGUGGGCACUUCAAGAAGGCGAACGAGUGGCUGGCGCAGCGGUAUGGCGAGGAUGGGGUCAUCGAUUGGGAUUUGAGCCCGAAGGCUAAGAAGAUAGAAGAGCGGGUUGAGACAAAGGAGGACAAGAAGAACGUGACAGAGGCUAAGGCUGAGGUCCCGGCGCCGGUUGUGGCGGUGGGUAAGGUUGAUGAAGAGGGCAAGGAGGAGAAGAGCGAGGUGCUAGAGAAGGAGGGUGAGGAUGGGACGGUGGAUGCUGAUGAGGCAAAGUGA